CACAUUUCCUUAUUUUCUUCGUUUUUCCAGGCCUAGUAAGAAAUUGCUCGGGGAUCUCUCUCUCGGGGGAGAAUUCCGCCGCAGGGAUGGAUUCUCAGGUCUUAGUCGCUCUCGCUCUCUCCCUCGUCGGGGGACUGAGCACGUCGAUAGGUGCACUAUUCGUGGUCCUGAGUCGCACUCCCAAUCUGAAGAUGCUUGGGCUUUUACAGGGUUUUGCUGCUGGUCUUAUGCUGAGCAUAUCUUUCUUAGACUUGGCACAUAAUGCUCUGAAUUCCAUUGGCUUCUUAAAAGGCAACCUCUGGUUCUUUGCAGGUGUCAUUUUUUUUGCUUUCAUUGUGAAUUUCAUCCCAGAACCAACACUUGUUCCCACUAAAGAUGCAAGAAAAAAGCAGAAGGAUGAUGAUGGAGCAGGUAAGGACCUGAUGAAAAAGCACCGACGCCAAGUUUUGUUUAGUGGAAUUAUCACAGCAAUAGGCAUAAGUUUGCACAAUUUUCCAGAGGGAAUGGCAGUGUUUCUUGGAUCGAUGAAGGGGCUUCGGGUUGGCCUUAACUUGGCUUUGGCUAUUGCUCUGCAUAACAUUCCAGAGGGUGUUGCUGUAGCACUUCCUAUCUACUUUGCAACAGAAAGUAAAUGGCAGGCAUUCAAACUGGCAACACUUUCUGGUUUUGCUGAGCCCCUAGGUGUGAUUAUUGUAGCUUACCUGUUCCCGAGCAGUCUAAACCCUGAAAUUCUUGAGGGCUUACUUGGAUCAGUUGGGGGAGUAAUGGCUUUUCUCACCUUGCAUGAAAUGCUACCCCUGGCAUUUGAUUAUGCUGGGCAGAAACAAGCCGUCAAGGCUGUCUUCCUAGGCAUGGCUUUCAUGUCGGCAAGCCUUUACUUUUUAGAGGUGAGCUUGCCGAAGGAGAUGAGCUUGUAGCUUUGGAAUUGAUAUGGGAGGCAACCAUUAUACCCGUUUCAGAUUCUUGUGUCAUACUGUCAACUUCUUUCAAAGAAAUGCAGCUGUUAUCAUGAAUAUGAGGAAAUUGCAACUCUUGUAUCCUUUAGAAAGCUCCUUGCCAAUUUUUCUCAAUAUUCGCUCACGAUUUUAUGAAUCAUUAUGAUUUUGUGUUGGCCCAAAAUGUUCAUGACCAAGCCACUAAAGGCGCUCCUGGAUCAUUGCAUUGGCCAAUCCAUGUAUUUUCAAUUAAGUUUUUGCACCAGUCCAGUUUAACAUUCAUGUAUUGCCCAAUCUCGGAUGGACAAAUACAAUGGUCCCAACGCAUCUCCCCUCCCCGUCUUCAAAAAAAAAAAAAAAGAAAAAGAAAAAGAAAGAAAGCAGAGAUUGGUUGUAUAUUCAUGCUUUAUGGCAGCCAACAAAGAAAGAACCAUUGGUUGUUUAAGAAAAAAAAGAGAACAAAAGCUAUAUGGUCCCCGCCAUUAUAAAAGUCUUCCUGAGACGUCUGAUCAGCUGAUAUUUUGUUAAUGAAAUGUGAAAACGGAAGGUGGCGUUUUGAACCUGCGGAUCAACUCUUUAACCAGCACAACACAUGCUGUGAAUGUGUCUUUUU